AUGAAAGAUGAAGAAGACGAGGAGGAGCAAGCACAGUAUCUCGACCAAGGCGAAGAGUGCUCGUCUGAGACGGGCUGCUGUAUGGUUUUCCGAGAAGCCGAUGGGGCAACUCUUCUCCCGAAACCACUUUUGUAUGAGGAUGAUCCGGAGAACGGCAUCCGUGCUGAUGAUCCUGAUUAUGAGUACCGAAGUGGAUCUGAUGAUGAGCCCUUAGAGUAUGACUCGGGGGCGUGUGAUGGGGAGGACUUGGACGAUGAAGAUGUGAUCAUGGACCUAGAAGAGGAUACAGAUGAGCCUGAAUGGACGUUCAAGGUUUCAGGCCCUGACCACCCGGAAUACGACACAGAGUUUCUCCCUCUAUCGACGAAAUUGGGCGAUCAGAUCUGGACUCCAAAUGACGAUGGUACGAGAACGAUGAAUCAGGAGGCCUAUAUGAAAUCGAGAUGUUUUGAGCAUAUUGCGGGUCCCGGCUGUCGGAAUCGCGAAGGAUACCUGGGAAGGAACGUUUCGGUCGAGGAGAUGAGAGGCUGUCAUACCGUUCAGUGCCUUAUUAUGAAAAAUCCGGACUGGGAACCACGGGGUGGCGAUCUCGAGUUUGAGCACGAGAGCCAAUUUCAUCUCACCGGAGUCACGGAGAGCAUGCCGUCUUCCGGAUACGGCCUGAAGUUUGCGCCUAUUCGGCAUGGCAUCGACAAUAUUCAAGCGCAAAGCGAAUCAUUCUUUAACCCGGGCCCGGAAGAACUAGCACAGACCGGGUUGCCAUUUCACCCAACAUGCUUUGAAUUGUUUAUCCAGGCCAGCAAGCGGUAUAUGAACAAUAAGGUCGACAUUGAUGGGUUAGUCCAUAUUCGGGAUACGUCAUGUCUUCAACAAAUUGAUUUCCCAGUUAUCCACAAUGAGCACGUCGACGCAGGGAAAGAACAGUGUUGGAUUCACAACGUCGGUCAUGAAUACCUAGUUGCGAAUCCAAUCUUCGUGCCGUCGUUCAAACCCAUAGUUGAAGCUGCUGUUUCCACCGAAGCAAGCUUCAGCGUGCAGAACAGCCCUUUCGAGAGCCGGAACAGAACCAUUGCAACAGCAAGGAGUCAGGAUCCAUUCCUAGCACUCCCAAUCGAAAUCAUCCUGAGCAUUAUUAAGGAUCUUGGGUCCACCGAUAUUGCCACGAUGCGGCUCUCUUCGCGUGCCUUUACCCACUUACCUAUUUCUGUUUGGCAUCGCCUGGUCAUCAAGGAACUGCCUUGGUUAUAUGAAGCGUGGUCUUCGGAUCCAACGCCGUACUACUGGGCUACGGUCAUUGCUCGCGACUUACACAAGGAAAAGGAAUCCCACAAUAAGUGGGAGCGCGAUAUGGAAGAGCAAAGCCUUGUCAUCCUGGAGGACAUGCCUGAAGUGCACGCUGAAUGGCUUCAUAGUAGGCCAAAAUGGACUUGGCCAGAUCUCCCGGAUAGACAGGAGGUACUCGACUUGAGUCCGGUCAAAUUAGGCUAUCACACGACUAACUGGUACAGUCUCUACCGUGGCAUUACUGUUAAUUGGAAGCAAUUGAAAGGGUUACAGAACCGCGAGAGGAUUUGGGAUGCUGUCCUGCAAGUCGUUGGUGCAAUCCGGGAGCAUCGUGGGGGACGUCGUUAUGAAUAUGAAUUGGUGAUGUAA